AUGCAUCCUAUGCGACUUGCUAUCGUUUUUCUCCUCAUCCCGCUGCCUGCUGCCGACUCAAACACCUGCGGUCAGCGUCCGCUCGUCGCGGAAUUUGGCAGCUCGAGGAUUGUCGGAGGUGUCGAUGCCCAGCCCGGCGCCUGGCCAUGGCUGGUGAGCAUACAAGUGCCUUCUGGCAAAGGUCAUCGCCACUCUUGUGGAGGCACAUUACUCAAUAAGCAAUGGGUCCUGACAGCGGCCCAUUGCUUUAAAACCAUGAAAAGGCUUGUACCAAAAUGGCAAAUUGUCCUUGGUGGACACCAACUCUCGGAUCCCUCGGCACGCGACGUACAAAUCAGAUCCAUCGGGUCUUACCUUCAACAUGAGCAUUACAACCCGCGUACUGAAAGGAACGACCUGGCGCUGAUCCAGCUCAACGAGUCGGUCAUAUUCAGCGACUUCGUGCAGCCGGCCUGCCUGCCGAGCGCCGGCACGGAGAUCAGCGCCUUGGAUCCGUGUUACAUCAGCGGCUGGGGGGUCACUCAGGACAAAUCCAUCCAAACGGCAGACAUCCUGCAAGAGGCCCGGGUGAACCAGAUAGAUCUGCAGAAGUGUAACGGCUCCAUGUGGUAUAACGGCAAUGUCCACGAUUACAACCUGUGUGCCGGUUACGAAGAAGGCGGAAUUGAUAGUUGCCAGGGUGACAGCGGAGGGCCACUGAUGUGCAUGAACCCCGAGAGCUCCAAGUACCAUGUAAUCGGAGUGACAAGCUGGGGCCAGGGCUGCGCCAAGUCAAAAAGGCCAGGGAUAUAUUCAAACACACAGCACUUCCUGGAGUGGAUCCUGAGUCACAUUGGAACCUCGACUCCCAAGCAGACCAAAGCAGUCGUCACCCCAAGCUUCGUCCGUGUUUCUGCACCUACACCACCGCCAGCCACCGCUGCCUCUUUAUUGUGUCCACUGCCUCGCCAAACACCACAGCCGGAGAAGCCGACAUCCAAGGGGCAGCCGCCAAAGAAGGGGAGUAAGCUGAAAAAUCUCAUCUUUGAGCUUAAGGAGCUCUUUGCCCAGAAGACCUCCACCCAACGGCAGCCCACAAAAGCUCUCCGGAAAAUAUUUGGCAGCAAACGCCUUUCUUCUUAAGAUGGAAGCACCUGUUGAACUGAUUGUUCGACAGCCGAUAAGUUAGAAGAUAGUUGUUAGUUAUAAGAUAGUAGUUAGAUAAGUUACCAGCGAGACGCAUCUACCAAAACCGUAUUCCAUCUCGGUAAAUCAUUGCGGCUCCUGUUCAAUUUAAUGGAAUUAAACAUCUUUCCAUUCACA